UUGCCGGUCUCACUCAGCUGAUUCAUUAUUGUGUCUGUGAAGGCUUCAAUUUCCAUCAAUUUAAUCGUGUUCGAAUUCCCGUCAAAAUAGGUCAGAAAAUGUCGAUUCAGUCUAGAAGAGCUACGCAUGCUGGUAGCUGGUAUACUCGCUCAGGGAAGGACUUAUCAGCCGAGUUAGACCAAUGGUUACAGGGAGCCCCCCUUGACUCUCACUAUAGUCCUGCCAGGGCUAUUAUAGCACCACAUGCUGGUUAUGCAUAUUGUGGUAAAUGUGGCGCCCAUGCUUACAAACAAGUGGAUCCAACCAAUGUGAAAAAAGUGUUCAUUCUUGGGCCAUCCCAUCAUGUGAGAUUGAGUGGAUGUGCACUGUCUAGGACUGUGACCUAUGACACACCUCUGUAUAAUUUACCCAUUGAUACACAGGUUUAUGGUGAGUUAAUGUCAACUGGACAGUUUGAAAAGAUGUCAAUUGAGACAGAUGAAGAUGAACACAGUAUUGAAAUGCAUUUACCUUAUGUUGCCAAAGUUAUGGAAAGUAAACGUGAUCAGUUUACCAUUGUUCCUAUUCUUGUUGGAGCUUUGAGUACCGACAAAGAGCAGAAGUAUGGAAGAAUUUUGGCCAAAUACUUGGAAGACCCACACAACCUGUUUGUUAUUAGCUCAGAUUUUUGUCAUUGGGGUGAGCGAUUCCAUUACACCUAUUAUGAUGAAUCGUGUGGUGAAAUCUACAAAUCCAUUGAUGUCUUAGAUCAUAAGGGAAUGAAUCAUAUUGAAAACUUAGAUCCAUCUGGAUUUUCAAAGUAUCUCAAAAUGUAUGGGAAUACCAUCUGUGGUAGGCACCCUAUUGGAGUAUUUCUUAAUGGGUGA